AUGUCAGAAGGCAGUGACAGUCAGAACAGGUCAGAGGAGCAGGUGAAUCUUAGUGAGGCCACUAGUCCCUCCAACAAUAGCUAUGAUGAAGGUAGCAGAAGUACACCCAGCAAUUUGGCUAAGGUUGCAACUAGGCAGAGAAAGAAGAAAACCUCAGAAUCUGAAGAUGAGGACUUUGUUGCUGGAAGUGACUUCAAAGACAAAAGUUCUGAAGAAAGAUUCACUAUAGAGCAAUCAGAUGAUGAUGAGGCUACAAAGGAUGGCAAGAAGAAAAAGAGAGCAAGAACUACCACUGCAAAGGUGCUUGGAAAACCUUCUAUGAGGAGAAGUGAUGAUGAAGAAGAGGAGGAGGAAGAGGCAGCUGCACCACCUCCAAAGUCUCAAAAGCUCAUGGGGGAUGCUAUAAGGUCUGGGGCUGCUCCAUCUAAGCCCAAGACAGCCCCCAAGCCUACAACUCAAGCUCAUGCCUCCAAGUCUAUUGCACCCAAGAGAUCCACCAGAAACAUCCCUGCUGCUGAGAAGAACAAGGCCCCAGUACCAAAAGCUCAAGAGGAUGAGGAGCAGCAAGUGCUCAGAAAAUUAAAGCCAAAGAUACCUGAUCAUAGUGAUGAUCAUCCUGUUGCGUCUCAAAUUGUGGAGACAGACGGAUCCAUAUGCUAUAAGGAGAAGAACUGUUGUUGA